UACACGCCGUGGAACCGAUGGGCGAAAUCAAUCUCAUGACUGGCAUAAGAGUCGCUCAUUUGGCUCUAAAGCACAGACAGGGAAAGAACCAUAAGAUGCGAAUCGUUGUCUUCGUCGGAAGUCCUGUUGAUUCCGAUGAGAAAGAGUUAAUCAAAUUAGCGAAACGUCUGAAGAAAGAGAAAGUGAACGUCGAUGUCGUCAACUUUGGCGAAGAACAGCUCAACACCGAUAAGUUGACCGCUUUUAUCAAAGCGCUCGAAGGCACGGCUUCUCAUUUGGUGACUGUCCCGCCCGGACCUCAUCUCUCGGACGCACUCAUCAGUUCGCCUGUCAUUCAGGGCGAAGACGGAACCGGAGCCGUCGGUAUCGGCGGUUCGGGCUUCGAGUUUGGCAUCGAUCCCAACGAAGACCCGGAACUGGCGCUCGCUUUACGAGUAUCGAUGGAAGAGCAGAGACAACGACAGGCAGAAGUGGAUCGAAGUCAGCCGCCCAUCGCUGGAGAGGACCCGAGCGCUAGUGGGAGCACACCUUCCGCCGCAACCACUGGCGGCCCGACCGUCAACACUGAAGAGGCACUCCUGGAGAAGGCUCUGGCGAUGUCUUUGGAAACCGAUGAGGAGAGGAACGCCGGUGUGAAGCCACCGGUGAGCGCCUCG